GUACAGAUUUGGACCGAGGCUGACCUCAGGAAAAUUUGAUGUUUUGGGUGAAGAAAUUAAAAUCAUCUCCCUGGAAAAGUAAUAGCAAUCAACAUCAUGGCAUUAUCACACCGAUAUUAAAGUAAUAAAGGAAAAAAACUGAACAGGAACAUUAUGGAGCAACUGUCUAAGUGAUAUUGAAUGUGUUCAAAUAUUCUAAGACAAGUCAAAGACAGGUUAAAGACAUGAAAGAAUAAACAUCAGGACGCAAAGGCAAAAGAAAUGCAAACAUGCACAAGUGUGAUAUUUGUGGUAAGGAAUUUAGGACUACGCAUCCCUUAACAAGACACAUUCGGACACAUACAGGAGAGAAGCCCUAUAAUUGUGACGUUUGUGGUAAGACUUUUAGUGAGUCGGGUAACCUUAGGAAACACUAUACAACACAUACAGGAGAGAAGCCUUACAAGUGUGAUUUGUGUGGUAAAGAGUUCGGUACUACUCAAACCUUAAUGCGACACUUAGGAACGCAUACAGGAGAGAAGCCAUAUAAGUGUGAUACUUGUGGUAAGGGAUUUAAUGAUUCCGGUAAUCUCAGGAAACACUGUAUAAUACAUACGGGAGAGAAGCCUUACAAGUGUGAUUUGUGUGGUAAGGAUUUUCGGACUACUCAAAACUUAAAACGUCACUGUGGAACACAUUCAGGAGAGAAGUCAUUCAAGUGUGACGUCUGUGGAAAAGGAUUUGGUGACUCAGGUAACCUAAAGAAACAUUACGUAAUCCAUACAGGGGAGAAGCCGUACAAGUGUGAUGUGUGUGGUAAGGGUUUCAACCAAGGAUCUCACCUACAUGCCCAUCAGAGGACACAUACUGGAGAAAAACCAUACAAAUGUGAUAUCUGUGGGAAGAGCUUUAACCAAGCUACUAAUUUACAGACUCAUCAUAGGACACACACAGGAGAGAAGCCUUACAAAUGUGAUGUCUGUGACAAGAGGUUUAAUCAAUCUCAUGACUUGCAGGUGCAUCGCAUGAUACAUACGGGGGAGACACCAUACAAGUGUGAGGAAUGUGGUAGGGGUUUUAGGGAGUCAAGUAACCUAAAGAGACACUUUAGAACCCAUACAGGAGAGAAACCUUACAAAUGUGAUGUGUGUGGUAAGGGGUUUAAUCAGGCACACGAUGUACAGACACACUACAGGGUACAUACGGGAGAGAAGCCAUACAAAUGUGAUGUCUGUGGUAAGAGAUUCAGUGCAUCAGGUAAUCUUAAGAUGCACUAUGUAAUACAUACAGGAGAGAAACCUUUUAAGUGUGAUGUGUGUGGUCAUGCGUUUAACCAGGCACAUCACCUCAAGUCACACCAGAUGACACACACAGGAGAAAAGCCUUACCAGUGUGAUAUCUGUGGGAAAUGGUUUACUGGGUCAGGAGGCUUAAAGGUACAUCUCCUCACUCAUACAGGAGAGAAACCUUACACCUGUGAGGUUUGUGGUAAGGGUUUUAAACAAUCUCAUGACCUACAAAUACACCAUCGUAUUCACACUGGAGAGAGACCAUAUAAAUGUGACAUCUGUGGUAAAGGAUUCAACAAGUCACAUAACCUAAAAAGACACCACAGGUUACAUACAAAAGAGAGGCCUAAAGCCUGUGUCACCUUUAGUGAGGCGAGUCAUCCAGAAACACCUCGCCCAGAAAAUAUGUUUCUGACUAAAUCGAUCAAUAUAGCCCAAGAAAUUCAACAAAAUGCAGGGCUAGAAAUUAAUUGUAAGAACUACUAGUCAGUUGAGCUUAUGUAUGUCAAAAUUCCACUUACUCAAUAUCACAGCAACUUUUGACUAGUCAUUUCCAAUUGUGCUAGCAGUUUUCAGAACCACUAGUCCAGCCAGAAAUUUCACUGGUCUCAGACUAGCAGUCUACCUUUAACAUCUACCGUAAGCCCUGAAGUGUAUACCAGUGAGUAAUCUGUAGUGACUGUAUCUGUAUUUGACCCUUUUUAGGGAGUUAUUGCCCUUUGUUGAAAAAUGCUUCCCCGCACAACUUCUCCAAUACUUCUGGGCCAAUUUCAAUGGAAGUUUUCACAUAUGAUAACUACCACCUGAUUUUGUGCAUCCAUGUAUUAUUUUUUCAAUCUGUCCCUUUUUUUGGAGAAAUGGCCCUUUGUUGAAAAAUACUUGUCGUGACAACUCCUACAAGACUAUGCAGCCAAUUUCAACGAAAGCAUUUAGAUAUGAUAACUACCCUCUGAUGUCGUGCAUCCAGGGUUUUUUUCCCAGCCCUUUUUUAUGGAGUUAUGGCAUCUCCUAAUCUACAGGACCAUUUCCAAAGAAAGUUUACAGAUAUGGUAACUGCCCCGUGACGUUGUGCAUCCAAGUAGUCCUUUUUCAUUCCAACCCUUUUGAAAGGAGUUAUGGCCCUUUGUUGAAUAAACCUUUGUCUGCCUUAUAAACUACUCUGACGAUUUCAAUGAAAGUUUACAGAUAUGGUAAUUACCCAGUGAUGUUGUGCAUCGGGCUAGUAUUUUUUUCAUUUUCAACACUUUUUAAGGAGUUGUGGCCCUUUGUUAAAAAUAUUGGACAUCUUUUCCUUAACUUAUAGGACAAUUUCAGUAAAACUGGUGCAUCUGUGCAAUUUUAUUACAUCUCAUUGUUACCGCCUGACCUUCACUUCAAGUCUUGAAGUAACUAUAAUUUGCUCUGGAAACCAAUAUUUGUAGUGUUUUAGGUAGAGGUCAAUUGUCAAAUAGAGGUUACUAUGACUUCACUUUAGUAUGUGACACACCUACUUCAUAUUCCCAGGUACAUUGUACCUAUCUACAAAAUUUGAAGCCCAUUCAUGAAAGAAAUUCACUAGAAACCUGUUUAAGACUCAUUUUAGUACUUGAGGUCAAGGUCAAAGGUCAAAUCCAGGUAACUGUGACCUUGUAUUAGGCUAUAAGACACACUGCCUACCCAUGAUGUACCUUUAUAAAAAAAACUUAGGACAUAACCAAUGUAAAUCAUAUAUUUUACCAGGAAUUGUAAAUGUACAGAAAUAACUCGUUGUCAUAAAAACUCUUUAACACUUACAGCUCUGCAGUGGAAAUCAUUGUGAUAAUUACUGGUACAGUAGUUCACUGUAUCUUAACUUGAAGGGAUAUUUAAUUGUUAUAUGAUGUUAACCUGUUAACAUAUCAUUUGUAUUUAUUAUACUUUUGUGCUCAUUAAUAAACUUGA